AUGGCAGAACUACCAGAGAUAGUCACUCAGCUCGCACAGCAACUCAAGGCACAGAGACUCAUCAAGAUCUUCGUCGGUGACCAGACCGAGCCAUACGAGGUCCAACAAAGCGUUCUCGAGAAUGCAUGCGAGUACUUCGUCAAAGCCAUCAAGAAUGAGCAUUUGGGCGUGGGCAACAUUGGUACAUUGCGGUUCCAGAAUGACAGCAAAGACGCGUGGCAACUGCUACUAUACUUCAUCGUGCGAGGCCGCCUACCGGAGGACCUCGACCUUCGUGACGACUCAGGGCAGAUGCUGCUCAUCAGCUGCUGGGUCCUAGGAGACCGAUACUUCCUCCCGGACUUCCAGGACUUGGUCAUGGUCAAAGUCCUGAACAUCCUAGCAUUUGACGUGCCCGACUGGGAAACCAUCAGAUUCGCCUUGGAUAAUACUUGCAGUGGCUCCAAACUCAGAAGAGCUUUCGCAGACACGGCUAUAUCGUAUGUGUACUCUGACAGCAGCACUGUGGACGAUGUGCAUGCGGAUGAUGCAGCAGAGCUCGAGGAUCUGAUGGGGGUUUCUGGUGCUGUCGUUGAGAUCCUGGCCGCUCGCGACCGACUCGAAAAGAACAAGUUUUCAUGGGUAUGUCCUUUCAAUGAGGCCACUGUAUCGAACCCGCUGGCAGGAGAAUGGCAGGACUACAUGGUCGGCGAAGUGACAUUCAGCUCAAGAAGCGCUGGGUACAUGUUCGAACUUGUGAAUGCCGAUUGA